CAGAUAUACGAUUGUCCCAAGAACUUCUCUUUCUAGAAUCGAGCAAUAGUGAUAGGGCUGAAAUUGAUUAUGAUGUGGAUCUCUACCGCGAUUUUGGGCUUCCUGCCUUUUCUCGGUGCCGUGUCGGGGUACGCGAACCCUGGCGCAUGCUCAGGUACCUGCACGAAUACGCACGACCCGUCUAUCAUCCGACGAUCAGAUGGAACCUACUUCCGCUUUUCUACGGGCGGAAAGAUCGCAGUUCACACAGCUCCGGACAUCACGGGGCCAUGGACGUACAAAGGUGCGGCGCUCCCUUCGGGCUCCAAAAUAAACCUUGCCGGAAAUCAAGAUCUUUGGGCACCGGACGUCUCCUUGGUGGGUAGUACAUACUACUUGUACUACUCCGUCAGCACAUUCGGCGUCCAGAACUCUGCUAUUGGAGUCGCAACAUCCUCUAGUUUAGAUGUAGGCACCUGGACGGACCUUGGAUCUACUGGAAUCCAAUCCUCGUCCAGCAAGCCAUACAAUGCGAUCGAUGCCAAUCUCAUCAAUGCUGGCGGUACUUACCUCAUCACAUUCGGUAGCUUUUGGAAGAAUAUCUACCAAGUACCGAUGGCGAGCACACCCAGCUCCGUAGCAAGCGGCGCUUCCACCUACCAAGUCGCCUAUGACUCUGUUAAAACUGAUGAAGAGGGUGCUUUCGUAUUCAAGAACGGGAACUACUACUAUCUAUUUUUCAGUAAAGGCAAGUGCUGCGGUUACGAUACAAGCAAGCCGGCAGCGGGUGAUGAGUACAAGAUCAUGGUUUGCAGAUCUACCUCUGCGACUGGAGGGUACGUGGAUUCUGCUGGCAAGGCUUGUACUAGCAGUGGUGGAACUGUUGUUCUCCAAUCUCAUGGAACUGUCUACGGACCAGGAGGUCAAGGAGUGUACAAUGACCCCAAACAUGGACCUAUUCUCUAUUAUCACUAUGUUGAUACUACGAUUGGUUAUGCGGAUGGUCAGAAGCGGUUCGGGUGGAAUACCAUCAACUUUUCAAGUGGUUGGCCUGUAGUCUAAGGUUAAGGGGGUUUGUCGGAUCACAAUUGAACAUAUUGCUGUAAAUAAUUCACUCACAUAUAUAUUUCUAUUAUUUUCGAUAUUAGUAGCAAUUCUAGUACGGUACUUCAUAGGA